AUGGUUCUCACCAAAUCUCUCGUUCUUGCUUUCCUGGCUUCGACUGCGGCCGCUGCUGGUGUCACCGGCACGGCGGUCGGCUUUGCGGCGAAGACUACUGGCGGAGGUGAUGCAGAACCCGUCUAUCCCACCACUAUCGAGGAGUUGACCACCUACCUUACCGAUUCUGAGGCGCGCGUCAUCAUCUUGAACAAGGAAUUCAACUACAUCGGCAGCGAAGGCGAAACCACCGAAAAUGGCUGCCGCCCGGACUCCAACACCUGCCCCGAUGACGGCGGCCAGGAUGCCAUCAACGGCGCCGACUGGUGCACAAACAGUGAUUACCCCCUCGAUACCAGCGUAACCUACGACAACGCAGCCAUCACGCCAAUCAACCUUGGUUCCAACAAGUCCAUUGUCGGCGAAGGCACCGCGGGUGUCAUCCGCGGCAAAGGCCUCCGCAUCGCCAACGACGCGCAAAACAUCAUCAUCCAAAACAUCCACAUCACCGAGCUCAACCCGCAGUACAUCUGGGGCGGCGACGCCAUCACGCUCGCGGGCACAGAUCUCGUCUGGAUCGACCACGUCAAGACGUCGCUCAUCGGCCGCCAGCACAUUGUCACGGGCUACUCGCCCAGCGGCAGCGUGACGAUUUCAAACUGCGAGAUUGACGGAAAUACAAGCUGGAGCGCCAGCUGCGAUAACCACCACUACUGGGCCAUCCUGUUCCUCGGCACAGACGACAAGAUCACCAUGCAGGGCAACUACAUCCACCACACGUCCGGGCGCUCGCCCAAGAUCGGCGGUACAGACUCCGGCACCUUGCUCCACGCUGUGAACAACUACUGGUACGACAACACCGGCCAUGCGUUUGCCAUCAGUGAGAACGGACGUGUGCUUGCCGAGGGCAAUGUGUUCGAGUCUGUUACCACGCCGGUUGAGAGUGGUACGGAGUAUUUGUUCGCCGCGCUGACGGCGAGUGCCAAUGCGGUUUGCGAGGACCCGCUGGGAUAUGUUUGCCAGGUCAAUCAGCUUACCAGCAGUGGUGAUUGGGCGGGCUCUGGGUCGGACUUUCUCGAUGGGUUCAGCGGGGAGGGUGUUGAGGCUGUGGCUGCGAGCACCGUGGCUGCUAGUGUCAAGAGCAAUGCUGGUGUGGGAAAGUUGUAA